GCAGUGCAGCCGGCGGACGGAGCGCAGGAGGCGGUUGCUCUCCUCCUGCAGUCCCGCUGCUGUUCCUGGAUCUUUUUUUUUCUCUCUCUCUUCCUUUUACCUUUGUGUUGCGAUCGGCUCUCCCAGUCUGAUUCUCACACCCAGCCCGGUACCCCCACCUCCUCCUCCAUCCCACCCUACCCCAUCCUCCUCCUCCUCCUCCACCCCCUCUCCUCCUUUUAGCAUCUGAAAAGACCACUGAGUGAGAAUCGAUGGCGCAGAGGCCCGCUUGACAGGACAAUAAACCACAAAGAAGGGCCUCCACCCUCCAGCCUCUCCACAGACGCAGCGAUGCCCCAGCAGAGGGACGUCUGGUCUGCGUCCCGCCGCUUCGGCCUGCCAGCCGCCCGCCUCCAGACACUGAAGCCCGGCCACGACUUCCCAUGAGGCCACCAGCAGCACUCAGCACGACCGCUCUGUAUGGGGCCUCUCACAUAUGAAUUGACAUGGAGGAUGAAGAUGGGACUUGUCUACUUGAUGUUUUGUGUGACCCCCAAGCCCUGAACGACUUCCUUCAUGGGACCAAUGAGCUGCAGACGGAAGACCUGCUCAUUAACUCCUCCUCUGGGGAACCCUCCCUCUUCGCUGAUGCCCCGAGUCCCGUCUCUCUGCUGGGAGACGGCAGGGAUUCCCCCGACACGCCUCCGCCCGGCUGUGUGGAUCUGUCGUUCCUGGAGGAGGCCCUCCUGUCGUCCCCGGAGGGCGGAGAAGACCCUCCGGACGUGCAGAGCGGACCACCUGUGGAGGCUGGAUGCGAGGCCAAGAAAGCGGAGGAAGCGGCGGAGGCGGCCUGCGACAUCCUCCAGCAGAGCCUGCAGGAGGCCGAGAUCACGGAGCAGACGAUGGCUCUGGAGGCAGGUCUGGCUCCACCAGGAGACAGUCUGUCCCUGUACUCCCCCUCCCCGCUCCUCUCUCCGCCCACGGUGCCCUUCAUGCCCAAAUCCGUGACCCUCCCCGUCGCCCCUGCUUUGCCCAGAGACACCCAGGCGGCGGUGGAGCCUCCCCAGCCCUCCCUGCUGGCUGUGGGUCCAGGCUGCCCCUCUCUGAAACCCGCUGCCCCUCCUCAGCUGAUGGGGCUGCUGCCAGGAAACGUGUUUCCUGCCGCUUCUCCGGAGACGUCCUUCUCUCUGAGUCCCGCCCAGGCCUCCAGCAUGAUCAUCCACAAGACGGUGCCGGGUGUCACCGGUCGGCCCCUGAUCACCCCGACGCUGAGGGCGGCGGCGGCGGCAGCACCAGGCAUCGUCCUGCAGCGAGCCCCCCUCCCCAUCCAGCCCAAGCUGCCCAUCAGCAUCCAGCCCCGGCUGGUCCAGAUCAGCCCCAAACCCUCCGGACAGAAACCCACUCCUGGCCUCACCUUCGUCCCUGGGACUGCCUCGCCAAACAUCCUGCUGUCCCAGGCUCCGGGCCAGAAGACUGUAGCUCCGCCGCCGCAGCCCCCCCAGCAGCUCCCCAAACCCGUCAGCCUGCAGCUGGUCAACCAGGGCGGCUCCUUCGUGCUCCAGCCUCAGCGACUCUUCCAGGGCCAAAACCAGUUCCUUCUUCCAGGCCAGUCCCCGGUUACCAUCUCCCAGCCGGCCAGUGCAGCUCGACCGCUGCUGACCUCCAGCCACCAGGGCCCUUCGGUGCACAGCGUGGCCCCCUCCACCGGGCAGCUCGUGGACGGACCUCAGAUCUUAACUGUGCCCCAGAGACAGCUGAACUUCAGCCCCGUCUUCACCACCCCCACAGGGCAGCUUGCGCUCCGCCAGGCCACCGUGCUUUCAGGACCUCUGCAGCUACAGUCGGCGCCCGCCACCGUCUUCCAGAUGCCGGCACAGCUGGCUGGAACCUACACCGCAGGAGGGCAGGGCCAGAGGGCCACCCUGGUCCACAGUCCGGCUCUGGGAAACCACAUUACCUUGAUCAACAGCUCGGGGGUUCUUCCUCCAGAUCUCACUUCUAUCUCGAUCGUGAACGGGCCGCCGGUGGUUCAGGGGCUUCCCUUCGCUGCUCAGGCGCCUCAGACUGAAGCUCAGCUGAGCCUCCAGCAGACGUCUGUGGUGCUGCUGCCAGACAGGACAGUCCAGGAGGAGAGAACCAGCUCAGAGGAGAGUUUCCACCAACUACAGCAGCCCUACAGUCACGUUCUCCAGCACGUCUCAGUGCAGCCGUCCUCCGCAGGGCUUCAGUCUUCGCCUCCUCCGGUGGUCACCGUCCUGCAGCGCCCCCCUGAACCACCUCUGGCCCAGGAUCCAGCUGUGGAGAUGCCCAAACUCCUGAUGCCCCCAGCAGACAUGACGCAAGCGGUGGAGGAGGCGACCCACUCGAUGAGCCAGAACCAGGCCUUUAUGCAACAUCUGCAACAGCAAGCGCUUAGUUCUCCCAUCUCGUCCGACUUGUUGGUCGGAUCUCUGCCGGUGGUUCCGAUGGAGUCGCUCUCCUCUCCGGUCUCCGGUGACCGAGACACCCAUCCUCGGACUCAUGCCGGUUCCGGUCAGGACUCCCUGCUGUCUGAUCAGUGUGUCGAGGUUUCUCCUCUUCACUCGGACCCCGAGGACCCGUCGCUGAUCUGCUCCCCGCCUCAGAUCCAGGACGCCGGCAGAACAGCUCCGGCUCCUUUCUCCCCCCCAGCUGGGCCUCAGAUGGUUCUGUCCGGACCUGAGAGUUCAGCCCAACAAACGGCAGCUCCACAGCCCAGAAUCGAGCCUCAGGUCCAGUACCCGGCCCCCCAUCAGCUCCAGGUGCCACAGGCCUUGUUCGGCCAGAACCAGGUGCAGAUCCAGGCCUCGGUUUCCCCCUCGGUCCCCCCUCCGGUCCACAGCAGCCCGUCUCCUCUGCGAUCCAGCGUCUCGGUGCCUCAGCAGCAGCCAGAUCCUUCAGCUGCUGUUGUCUCCAAAGCAGGAGACGACUCCGCUGUCCAACAGCACACACAAAACAAGCCGACAGCUGCCUUGGUUGUGGAGAGUAAAGCAUUUACUCUCGAUGUCCAUCCACCCUCUCCUGCAGCCAAAGGGGUCCAGAAAGCCCACGGACCUCCAGCUUCCACAGAGUGUCCACCGGUCCAGACAAGUCCACAGACCAAGGUGGCAGGUCCUGUGGAGCUGCAGAGAGAGGAGAGGCUCACACCAGCAAUGCGAAGGCACAGGUUCCAGCAGCAGCUCUGUUUGGACCAUGGAGCCGUACAGAACCCGUUUACCGGUUCGGCCUUCUCCACGCUGAAGGACGCCGUGGGACGCCUGCUGCCGUACCACACCUGCGCCGGUCACCUGCCCACUCAGGAGGACUUCAAUUUAGUGGACCAGGAGUUCGACACCGUGUCCGGUUUCCUGCUGAAACGCACCAAGGACAUGGUCAACAAAUACAGGCAGCUAUUGGUUAGAGAAGCCCAGCAGGAGAGUCCGUCAGCGGAGAUGGUGAUGCUGGAGCGUCUCUUCCUUCAGGCCGAACGUUACGCUUUAGCAGAGGACAGACGACGAGCCCGCAGAGACCCAGAGUCCUUCAUGUCGGUCUUGUCUUCGUCCUCGUCUUCCCCUCAUGGUGCCCACUCCUCCAGUUCCUCCAACCUCUACUCCUCCUCUGGCAGCCCUUCAUCUCCACCAGCCUGGACCCGGCUGUCCGACAGGCCGCCGGGCCUCAAGACGUACCGCUCUAGCUCCCGCGGGGCGCUCAGACUCACCAUCAAGCAGGAGUCCGGCUCUCGUAAGGUGAUCCACAACUCGGCCUGUGACCCGGGGCUGAAGAGGGACCACACGGGGCAGCUAACCAACGGCGGCGGGGUCAACGAACGCCACUCGCCGGCACCCAACGGAGCCACCCAGCAUCCUUUACACGACCAGGAGAUGUCCAAUGGCAACACCGCAGCAGAGGAAGUUCCUCAAACGCCGCCCAGUUCCAAAACAAAACCCCCAAACCCUCUUCCUGUGCCGGACGUUUGCUCUGAGUUGCCUCCCAGAGAUGUCAGCGCUCCAAAACUGAAAUGCUACCGGUUGGAAGCGUCUCCUCGGCCGGAGCGGCGGUUCAGCCCGCCGCCUCCGACCCUCCAAGAGGACAACAUGCUCAGCGAACACCUGCAGAGCGCCAUCGACAGCAUACUGGAGCUCCAGCGCCUGCAGGGCCCAUCGGCAGCCCCGACCAGAACCACGUCGGGCCCCUCGCUGGACCAGGCUGUUACCAGCAUCCUGGAGGGACACCUGUGAGGUAAAUCCACCCCACAAACGUCCACGAAAAACAUCCAUCCGAGGUGGAACAACCAGACUUCUUCUCUGUUCCCAUUAAGGGUUUCAGAUUUUACUUUUUAAGGAUUGUUUGAAGGAAAAAGGAAGAAGGGAAAAAAAAUUAAGAGGCACUAUAAAGAGAUGCAUACCAGACAACAGCACUAUCUAUAGUCCGAUAGAUGUUAGAUACUUCAUUUUGAUGUACGUUUGUGGAAAAAAAAUCUAUUUGAAUAGGAGCUAUAUUGUUUCAGUGGUAGUUAAGUCAUUCAGAGGUUUACGACACUGGUGUAACCUUCAUCAGCAUAUAGUAUAUAAGUAAUAGUGAGGAUAACGAAAACGUGGAGUAGACUGAGAUUAUUCAAUAGUUUUUUAUAAGAUUUCUUUCAAAAAAAAAAACAAAAACGUGGAGUUUCUUUUGCAUAGUGCCAAGCUUCCAGGGUAUUUAUUUUGAUAAUCUGUGCCAAUUGUGUUUUUGCAUUGAGAAUGUGCGACGAGUGAGUGUGUGAGUGUGUUUUCAUUAAGAGUGAGUGAGAAAACAUUGCAUCCUGCGACGGGACCGAAACCUCCCGCAGGCUCCAUCAUCUCGGCUUAACGAAUGAAACUCCAAAGAAAUUUGUGACUUGCUAUACAUCCUGAAUACACCAGCAAACGUCCAUGUUGUGUCUCUUCCCACAAACUGGAGUCCGUCCAUGUUGAAGCAGAAAGAACCCCAGUGGGACACAAAAAACACAUGAGGCAGUCGUGCUUUUCCUUUCUUUUUUUUUUUCUUUCUUAAGUUUGGAGUCUUACUGUGAAAUAUUUCUGUCUGUUUCCAGAGACAAGAAUGGUUUCCCAUAACUGUAUGUAUUAACAUGCAAGCAAUAAUAAUAAGUUAGGGUUGUUGGGAGCAGUGGUGGUGCAGUGAGGAAGAGGAAGAUGAAGGAGAUCUUUGCCUGUUUUGCUUAUUCAUUCGAUGAAAACCGAGAUUGUUUUUCAGGAAUGAGAGAUGCUUAUUUUUUUCGUCAUCGCAGCCCGUGUAGUUUAGAAGUUUCUAACAUGUUUCAAGGGCUUGACGGUGACUUUUAACGGCAUCGAUGACCAUGAAAACAACAAAAAAAGAGAAAAACACCAAAACUGACAGAAACUGUACAGAACAUGAGCCUCUCUGCAUCGUCAAACAGCCUUUGACCAAAAACUAGAAGAAUCAUCCGCUUCUCUUUAUUUAUUAUUAAAUUAUUGGUUUGUAGCCCGCCGCACCGAGCCGAACGUUUACUUUCACGCCGCCAUCGUGGAGCAAUAUAUAAGUUUUUGCAACAUUCUUAUGUUAACGUGACAAUCUUAUUGGUCUGUGUGAAAAUGUGAAUUCUGUUCUGUUUGUUCGACUCUUCCUCAUGAAAAACGUGCAAAAUUAUUCCUUGCAGAUGGAUUUUUACCUUCAAGGUCGAAAUGUAAAAGCUGCAAAAUUAAUUUUUGUAGUGUAAAUUGAAAGCGCACUUCGAAAUUUAGCUUUUGGAAUUGGGGGUUAAGGUUCGACAAGUCGUGAAUUGGAAAGGUUUAGAAAAUGCCUUAUUGUUAAUUCAGUCAGUGUACCUUUAAGGAAAUGGAAUCUGCAAAGAAAAGAUGUAAACAUCUGGUGUUCUGAAAUGAGAAAGCAACCUGUCCCUUCAAAAAAAAAGGAAAAAAAACAUCCGGAAAUUUGGGGCUAAAUCAAACAGGCACUCAUUUCUUGAAUUGUAUUGUCUUUUUUUUUUUUUUUAAUGUGUAAAAAUGUCUUUUGUUGGAAUGAACAAAAGGAGUUAUAAUAUGCAGUAAUGUAGUGUUGAAACUCUCUGCAGUAGUUCGGGUGGAAACUCACAGGAGGGUUCAUGAAGGAGGAGUUUGAGCUUUGGGGAAAUAGAUUUUCUUGCUAAAAGACUGAUACAUUUGUGUCAGUAUGCUAACUAUGAAGCUACAGCUAGCAGCCACUUAGCUUAGAGAGCAAAUAUUCUGCUUUUUGGGGUUUCCCACCUUCCAUUAGCAUGUUGUAGCUUUUUAUAGUCUGCAAACUUAUAAAUCCUAAAGUCCAUGCACCUUCCUGAAAAGCCUUGUUUCAAGUCCAAGCUUUUUUUCUCCCCGUUACUUACAAACCUAAACAUGUAACACAUUUGCGUAGCAGCUAGUUUGGCCUUCACACAGAAUAAACAACUUCCUCUCUAGCUAUCACUUCCCAAUUCAGGGACUACAACCUUUGAAAGAUAUAACCUACAAAGCACAUGCCUCUGAAAGAUGCAAAGGUUGAACCAAGCGUUGUUAAGGCCAGUUCACGGUUUCUGCAUUACUGAUUGAAACUGGAAAAGUGGACAGGUGUCACACAUGCAGCAAUAGUUAGGAAGACGGUCACAUUACCCCUCAUAUUAAACGCAUAAAAAAUACAAGGGGCUCUCAUGGAUGUUUAUGGAACCCUUUGACAUUUCAAUUUUUACAGAUACAGAAGUUACUCACAGUUUCGGCUGCAGCACUGCAUCAUUGCGAUUAUUCCUAAAGUGGGCUGUGUGCAGUGGUAACAUAUCUGGAGAAUUAAGGAUCCACAGGAUAUCUGGAGAAUUUAGGAUACACGGGAUGUCUGGAGAAUUUAGGAUGCACAGGAUAUCUGGAGAAUUUGGGAUACACAAGAUAUCUGGAGAUUUUGGGGUACACAAGAUAUCUGGAGAAGUUAGGAUAUGUAGGAUAUCUGGAGACUUUAGAAUCCACAGGAUAUCUGGAGAAUUUAGGAUACAUUGGAUGUCUGGAGUUUAGGAUGCACAAGCUAUCUAAGAGAAUUUACAAUACAUGGGAUAUCUAGAGAAUUCCUAGAUAUGACCUAAGGGUCCUUCAACUAGACUCCAGUGGAUUAGAAAAGUCAUAAAACAACACCCAAGCUUCCGUGGAGGUCAACAGCGGAGCAAAAUCAAAGCCUUUGGAAGGAUGCAGCUCCUGAAUUGGGACAUAGUUUUAUAUCUGGGGUUACCAACUAACAUUCAUUGGUUCAGCCAACCAAUCAGAGCAGCCUGGGUUUUUCAGGAGGUGGGUCUGACAAAGAAAGGUGCUAAAACAAAGCAGAAUAGUGAGAAGAGGUGAAAAUACAGUUUAAUUAUAAUAGAUGCCUGUAAAUGAGCAUAGUAUGGGCAAUUUAAGGGCUAUAAAUAGGGGAAAUCCAGUAGCCUGGCUCUGUCCAAAGGUAACAAACUCCACCUACCAGCACUGCUAAAGCCAUGUCUCUAUGCUAAGCUAACUAGCUGCUGACUGUAGCUUCAGAUUUGCUGUUGGUAAAUGAGCAAGCAAGUUUAUUUUCCAACCGCCUUUAACAGAACUUGUCCCAAAAUAUUAAAGUGAGCAUAUCUAAGAAGUGGCCAAGCCUUCCAGUGUGUUUCCAUCCUCAGGGGUUUCGCUGUAAUGCAGUAAAGAUGUCAGAGUGUCUUUCACAACACAGGAUUGCACUCUUUGUCACCGCUAAACUUCUUACAAGGGGAAUUCCACCAAAAUUUACUUAUGUGUUUUUUAUGUCUGUUUUUUGUUUAAGUGUUUCCCAAAGUUUGCCCACAUUUUUCCUUGGUAAUAAGUCAAAGACACAAGAUGAGAGAGAAAUAAAGUCAACUUUGAUGGAAUCCCCUUCGAUGAAGCAGCCUCAUGUGCCAUUGUUAUUGUCGCAGUGUCAAACACUGAUCAUUAGAAAUAUGCUUAGUUUUGUCAGCGUCUUCUUAAGGACGAAGGGAUUCUGCAUGUUGAGCCAUUUUAUUUAUUUGUACAUGUGCUUUAUUUAAUUUUCCUGAUUGAACUGUGAAACCAGGGGAGCUCAUAACUCUACACUAAUUCAACUUCAGAUACAAACAUUUGACUGACAGAUUGUUCUGAUGCCAAAAUCAAGAGGCCUUAAUUCAGCAAAACUAGAUUGUAAAAAAAAAAUGUCAUUCCUGACAAAAAAAAAUCCAACUAAAGACUCCUUUGACCUGAAAGUCAUGAGUGAUUCAUAUAUGAAAUGUUAAGAAAACCACUUUUGUACUCAUUUUUACAGACUAUUUAUUAAACUGUGAUUUUGUAAGAAAUUAAAAAAACUGAAUGUUA